GUCCUUUAUUCUGCAGAGUCUGUAGACAUAUGUACUAUCGUCAGAUCAAUAUGUGUAUACCAUCGACUUGAGAUUAAUGAACUCGAUUUUUUCGACACUUCUAGCCAUCAACUAGGUCAUGUCACGUGAUUCUGCAAAGGUGCAUCAGUCCCGUACAACAGAGGAACGAUUUGUCCUCGUCGUCUUCUGUGGACUCUAGAAUUGCUUCUUCCUUCCACGUGACUCGUCUCGAUGGAGAAAUCUCGGCAAAGAAAACGCAAACGGCUUGGAGCUCUGUCCAAUGGCGAAGCGUCAACAGUUAGAACAGUCAAUGCAGGUGGCCAUGGUGCAAUAAUGAAGGAAGUUCUGUUGGGUUUACUGAUCUCAGUCAUCAUUGGUGGAGUUGUUCUAUUGUAUUGGAACAGUGGCAAUAAACAGCAAUAUCACGCACAAGAAACUAACUUUCCGGGACAAGAAAGAACGUUUGACAAGAAAGGCAACAACAAAAGACAGACAGAUCAUUUGAGCAAACAAUCAGUACAGCGGAGUGUUUCAUUAGCAGAGGAGUAUGACUCGAUAGCUGAGGGUAUUGAUAAAGACAUGUUGCCGAGAGAACCAUCAGAAGAUCCAAUGGAUUUUAAUGAUCAUGCUGCAUUCAAUUCCUUACAGCAAGAGCAAGUGCAUCCAUCUGAUGAUAAGGGGUCUAUGCAUCCACCUGACUAUUUAAAAAGAAACUGGUGGGUUGAUGUUAUAGAAAAAAUCAAAGAUCGUGAGCACAUCAAACUGCAUAGUGAUCCAGAUGUCUACGAGGUACCGAACUUUCUAACAAGUGGAGAGUGCUAUGAGUUGAUCAAAGUUUACGAACGUUUGAAUCGACAAAAGAUUGAGGAACCAUCUUGGUGUUUUAGCGAUGAAGAGUGGCUAGAUGAAGUUAUGCAUGGCAGCAAAAUAAACGAAUACGAAGUGGAAAGGUGGUAUGCAGAGAAGUUGGGGCAUGCCUGUGUACAGGGAGCAAGGGUAAAUAGUGCAUUUUCUCAGCAACUAAAGUUUAGUUCAGCAGUUCUCGUGCCACGUGGAGAGGACAGUUUCGUCGAUGAGGUGGAAUUGAAAGUGGCUCAACUGGGAUUACCAACAGAAAAUGCAUAUCAUACUCAACUUCUGAAAUACAAAGGAGGUGAACAGUAUCAUACCCACACUGACUGCCACAGGGAAUUUAAUGAUCGAAUGGGAACUAUUCUGAUCUAUCUCAAUGAUGUGAAGGAGGGUGGUGAAACUGUUUUUCCUGCUUUGAAUAUUUCCAUUGUCCCGAAACGAGGAAAGGCAAUUAUAUGGAAAAGCCUUGACAAUGAUGGGAGCUGUAACAAGAGAACGCUUCAUGCAUCUGCUGUGUUGAAAAGUGGCUUGAAAACUGUUUAUCAGAAGUGGUUUCAUCAGACACAGUUACUUCCUCAAUAUGACCCCGACUGUGUCUUGUGUGACAGCAGUCACAGCUGCCGUGAAUACAUUCACUCGCCAGAAACACGUCAAGCGACAGCAAAAAUGCAAGAGGCUGAUCGGUAUGUGUCAUCCAAGCAGUUUAAAAAGGCUCUCAAGCUCUACCAAGAGGCCAUUGAAAUUCAGCAAAAUCACAGCAUGAGUUUAGUUUAUGGAGCAGAUGUUCUUAUGAGGCUACAAAGAAAACAUGAGGCUCUCCACUGGUUCCAGAAAGCUUUGAAGCUGCAUCCAAAGCACGUGGAUAGCAAUUUCAUCAUGUCCAACAUACUACAGGAGCAAAACAAGCUGCAAUUGGCUGUGAAGCAUCUUGAAGUCGUGGUAGAAAUGGCUCCUAAGGAUGUGGAUGCAUUUUUUAACUUGGGAGCCAUGUAUGCAGAACUAGGCAAAACUUCCGAAGCGGCUACUAUACUACAGAAGGUUGUGAAUCUGUCACCAAAUGAUGCUGAAGCUCAUGGUGAACUUGGAGCAGUGCUCUCUGACCUCGGAAAGGAGGCAGAAGCUGAAGCACACUUUGCAAAAGCAAAGGAGCUACAAAAGCAACGUCGCAGAAAGCAGAAAGGCCAAUAGGAAUGCAAAUGCCCACUACUUUUGAACUGGCAAUUAAUAUUAAAGCUAACAAAUUAUGCCGCUUUUGUCUUUUUACCUAGUUUGUUUUAUAUUAACAAUGAAUAUCAGGAAUACCAAUUUUUAGUUCGAA